AUGUGCAAAAUUUUUAAAUUUUUCUACAUUUUAUUGGUUGCCAGUGUAAGAGUACAAGAUAUGGAAAUAUAUGAGAAAAGAUAUGGCCACGAGCAAAACGGAGCUGAAUACAUUUAUGAAUCAGAUGAUGACAAUGUGCCAAGCCAACGGUUGACACUUUUCUCUCAACUUCAUCCUUACAGACUGGUUGUAAAAACUGAUAACAUAAUUUUCAAUCCAUACGCUCAUUUUGGUCAGUCAUCAACGUGGCCUCGAGGUUAUCCCUUAGAUAAGAUUGGACAGCCAGUACCGAGAAAUUACAUUAGUUGUCCGACAGAUCCCCCGGCCAUCGUUCAGAGCUUAGUUAACGGAGAUCCAGACAUGGAUGCUAUCUACAGGCUCACUAGAAAAUAUUCCGAUAUUAGAAUCGACAUUAAGUUUGACAAGUUGUCUCCAUUGUAUAUUCAUCCUGUUGGUACAUUUUCUCCUUUCAAUUCUCAAAACACUCUCUUUCACAGACGAGCAUUCUGGGGAUUAGUUUUUCCAAUAUCAGUGACAGACCGAGCAACAGACAUUUAUCGAUCAUACUGGACACAAAGAUUAAUGUGGUUGAUUGGACAAAGGAUAGCUUUUGGACCAGCUACUUUCUAUCAGAAACGAUCAGGACAUAAUCUGUUAAACGACUUUGACCAAGAAAAACAAUUGUAUAAAUACAUGGGUGAGUUUAUGGGGACAUUGCAAUAUUGGAAAUGUUCAUCAAAUGUUUUUAAAGAAUGCAUAUUACAAGCCACACGAAUACUUGUUGAUGGAAAGUACUGGUCGGAAGAUGACUACACCCUCAUUAAAGCUUGGAUAUCUGAUCUUAUUCAGUUAGAUCCAACACUUGUCAAUCAUCCAAUUGUACCAACUAGCAAUGGGUGCAUUGCAAAUAAAAGUUUUUCCUUGAUAUUUCAUCCAAAUGAGCAAAACACAUCACUUCCUCAUCACCCUUUAAAUAGUAUUCCCCCACUGGCAACAAACGAACAAGCAAUUCUAGAACAACUUUCUCAUUGGUGCAACUACACUAUAUCGUCGUCAUGGAAUUUAAUCAACAAAAGUGGCAAAAAACUUUCCGAUAUUAUUUUGGCAGUAAGUAUUUACGAAAAUUUAAAUGAACGUUUACCCGUUUAUGAAUCUUAUUUCAAGCUUUUUUUUGAAAAAAUAAUCUACUGCACAACUUUGCAUCCAAGUGAGCAGUUCGUCAAUAAAUGGAAACUAACAUUGAUUUUUUUCAAAAAAGAUGAUUUGUCUGCGUUAUCCUGUUUAACAGCUAUCAGUUUAUUAAAUAUAAAUAUUCGUGGAAUUUUUCAUUUAGGGGAUUCAAUGUGGUUGAAUGUAAAUCAAAAAUUAUUAACAAGAAAUUUUGAUUCAGUUUGGCUUCCAGAAAAUGUUAGUUUUGGUUCUAAGUCUUCUCCAACCUGUUCUAUGAACAGUUUCAAAUGUACAAAAAUUAAUCCAGAUUUGUUUAAAAAAUUAUCUUCCAGCAAGUUGUAUGUUGAUGACUUAUCUUUUAAAACAUCGUCAACUUUUUCAAAAAUAAUGACUAGUUUGAAAAGUUUGAGCAAUAGGUUCGCUGUCGAAACAGAGUUAUACGUGCCUACUAAUUUUCCUGUUUAUUUUCCCAAAAAAAGUUUUGAAUUUUUGUAUGUAUUGAAAAGUAUAACUUCAGAAGAAAUGUGGACAAGUGUAAACCAAUUGGCCGCUACAUUUUUUGAUAUCCAUAUUAAUACAACUGAACUUAUGAAGAAGCGUCGUUCAAAAUCUGAUGAUGAUUUCGACUACCUUCCCUACCUUAAUAUUUUCAAUGAAUCGAAAAUUCAUUACUUGUGUAAUAUGUUUACUAGUAAAAUAAGUUAUUUCAAAUUAUUAUAA